AGUCGUAGAAAGCAGACCCAACUAGAGCAAACAUCGCAGCAAUAUGAGUAGCGUUAAUAAUGUCAAUAUCAAUGUCCAGUGCGAGUGCUACCAUCGGCGAGGACUACUGUACUACGCGAAUCCUUUGGCGUGGGGACGUCCUUGCCGCAGAUGUCGUCGCAUGAUGUCCAGGAACAACAUUGUGGUGUCUGUGCCAGCGGCACAAGUGCAAACCACCGCCACCACAGUGACGCCUGCCCAAUGUGCGACCCACUGGCAGACUCAGCAGGAGCCGCACGUGAUGUCCGCCCUGCCACCGAAGUACGAUCAGGCUGUAGCUGCCAACUAAAUCAAGAGGAUAAGUGACUUCCUGAUUUUUUGUUAAAUUUAUAAAAAAGAAACAAUAAACAAUAAAAACAAGAA